GUGCUCUACAGACAGAAGCCUAUUUGAUUUUGUGUCAGAGACGAUGCUCAUGGAAACCACCAGUUGCAGCAGUGCAAACAGAAAUAGAUUGUUUCUGUUGAGGAGUAUGCUCAAAGGACCCCGGCCUGACUGUUUUCUGUGAGAUGGAACUGUUCAGGACGACAAUACUUCUGCCAGUUCUGGUCCUCUCUCAAGCCUUUCUAAAUAAAGACCACUCUGUUCCGGGGAACUUCUCUGGGUCGAGAGAGACUGAUGAGCAGCAGACAUCCAAUCUAACCAUAUCUCACCCCCCCAGGCUAUCUCAGCACUGCUCUGGGGUUGUCGAGGUGCUCCAUCGAGGGCUGUGGAGGCCAGUGACCUUUGACUUUGGGUCUGCAGAGUGGGCCAAAGUGGUGGAGGACAUAUGUACCAACCUGAGCUGCGGGGCAGUGUACGAGCGCCGACAGAAUGGCACAGCUACAUUAAACUACUCCAACUCAACGUGUCUGAGCCAGUGUGUCUACAGAGACCUACUGGUGGAGAACUGUACAGAGCUCUCAUACACAGACUGCUCUAACCUGACUGAGAUAACCUGUGGGCACCAGGCCGUGCGAUUGGUUGGAGGCUCACACCACUGUGAAGGACGGGUGGAGUUGUGGAGAGAGGAAAAAUGGGGAACGGUGUGUGACGAUAGUUGGGACCUGAGAGAUGGGGGCGUGGUCUGUGCUCAAUUGGGCUGUGGCUCUGCCUUAAAUGUGAGUGGGCAGGACGGGUCCUUUGAAGCGGGUGUUGGUCUGGUUCUCUUAGAUGAGGUGAACUGUGGGGGGAGCGAGAGGAACCUAUGGGAGUGUCCCUCCCUGGGGACAGUCAACGACUGUGGACACAAAGAGGACGCUGCAGUGGUUUGUUCAGGAAUUCCAUCUCAACCAGGCAACAAGACGGCAGAACAGAACACCCAGACUUCAACCACAGCAGGCUCAGUUCUACUAGUCACCAGUGCAGAGAGCCGGUCCUCUCCUCCCGUAGCUGCUGUCUGGGGCUGCAUCGCAUUGUCUAUAGCCCUCCUCCUCACACUCCUCUCCAAUGCUUCACUCUUCCUGUCUUACAGGAGGAGAGCUGCACUUCUGGUUCACCAAAGACAAGAUGGCCGUCUGCUGUCCAUCCAGUCUCAACACACUGACCGAGGGGAGAGAGUCAACCUCCUCACAGUCACCACAGACAAAGCUGAUUACAGUGAGUUCCUACUGAUGAACUUGUCCUCUCUGUGCCCAUUAGUUACUUGCAAUUUCAGGAAAUGUCUUAUUAGUUCAAGUGUCCCACUUGUCAGAAUACAUUUUCUCUAUGUGACCUUUCAUGCAGCUCCACAGUACCUUUCCCAAAAACCCACUCAGAAUGACACCGAUGCCUCAUGUGACUCUGACUAUGAAAACUAUGACUUCAAUGACCAACCCUCUGUUGCCAUGGCUACUGCACUUGUCAGGGUCCUUGACAAUGGAGUAAGCACAAGCAGAGAGCCAUGUGAAACCACGCAGACAGCAGAGACUUCUGACGCUCCUGAGAAAUAUAAUAUUGUUGCUGAGACAAUCAACGGCAUUGAGAGAAAAAACCCUGCCACCCAAAGUCUGCAUUCGCUGGUGUCAUCCAGCACGUCUUCUGGGGAAUGCUAUGAAAACAUUGAGACACUGGAGAAGGAGCUGCUGGACUCAGGUCCAGAUUUGAGAGAAACUGCCCUCACAGACUUGAUCUGUGGAAGAGAGCCAUCCUUGGGAUCGAGUAGUAGUACAUCAUCAGGGGAAUCCUACUACAACGUGGGGAUGGCAGUGGAACAGCAUCUACAGUCAGAGAACACCUAUACACAUUCCCCUGUGCAAUCAACCAGUGCACACCAGGAUCAGCAACAGCCUGUGAACAGCAACUGCCACCAACUGAGCAGUCAAAAUCAAGAAGAUUCAAGCAGCUCAUCCUCCUCUGAGCUUUAUGAGAACAUAGAAGUCCAAGAUGAAGAGGGGAUUGGUGAUGUUACCAUGAAGGAAGUCCCGGACCAGUCUCUUUCUGACAGUGACUACGAUGACAUAACAAAUUACUAGCUU